AUGUUAAGAAUUGUAGUGGCUUGUCUGAUAGUCAAGAUCAAUUUAAGCUUGGCACUAAGCAACACGGACCGACAUGAACACAAAGUUCCCCCACAAAGUAAUCACACUCAGAGCAAACGUGCACUUACAUACAACUUGGACAGCACUAAACAUUCUCUAAGUAGCAAAGAACAAAAAGUUAUCAUACAACUCCUCACAGAAAAACCAUUAAGCAAAACAUUUAAAAAAGACCUGGAUACAGAAAAGUUAUCACUUGGGCUACCAGAAAUACAUGAGCCACCUGCAGAAAAGACAACAAAAGAAUGGUCAGCAUUUCGUCGAUGGAAAGAAAAUGCAGAAGGUAAGCCGCCAGUGAAAAGCAGACAACCGAGAACAUUCACCGCAGAAAAAUCCGUAUCGGGAAAAUUAGCAUUACAUAGUCUAACAACGUUGAAUCCAGCAAUUAUAAAUCCCUUUCAGAUCGUCAAAGAUACUCUUGUGAAUAAUAUUUUAACUGGUGAAUCAAUUACGAAACAGCAAGCGAUAACAAAGUUACAAUCCGGUAAAUCCUCACUAGGGAAGACAUUUACACAAAAGCCAACCGUAGAAUGGGCAGCGUUAAGACGUUCGAAAGAAAAUGUCGAUGAAAACCCUAUUACUAUAAAAUCUCUAACAGAUGAAACUGCUUUAAGUUACUGGCAGAGGAAUAUAUCUGAAACUAUAUCUACAACACGAAAACAUGAACUAAUAAAUGUUGUAGAUAAACAACCACCAACAGAAGGUAUAGAAAUAGAAAGUCACAGUAUAUCUGGGAUAAAAACAACUGUUGUAGUAAAUUUUUAUAAAAAAUCGACUACGAAAAAAUUAGCUUUCGAAAAGUCAGCAACAAAAAAGCUAAACUUUUAUAACUCGAGGAAUAAUUUAAUUAAAAAAAAACUUAAUAAAACACCAUUAACAAGAUAUCGGGCUAGAAAUAAAAAAGUAUUGCAAAAUACACCACAAAGAACAUUACAAACAAUCAAGUCAACUACAGAGAAAUCAAGAAAAUAUAAACAAAGGAUCCCUUCCUGGAAGAUAAUUGAAAAACUGCUUAGAGAAAAAAAAGCAAGACAUAAACCAGUUUCAAAAAAAGCAGCUUCUAUUAAAAGAGCAGCCCCCCAAAAGCCACCACAACUUUGCUGGGAUGGCCGAGAGGUUCAACAGAUAUUCCACAUCAACUUCAUUUGGGUUCUGAAUUGCUACGACUAUGAUACAAACUGUGAAAAUGGAGAUCGUUACCAUUUGGAUCAGACCAAACGUCAUAGUAAGCGUCAAAGUGGCCCAAAUCGUAAUCAAAUAAAACAUUCAAGAAGAAAAAUGGCCGGUAGACCGUGGUAUUAUAAUCACACCAUAGGACAACAUGAUUUAGGAAAAUAUAAGAAAAAGCCAAAUACAGUCAAAAUACCAAGAACACAGUCAAGUACAAAAAAGAAUAACACUAAAAAUUAUACAAAAAACUUAGACCCAAAAACAGCUGCACAGAAAAAGUUGGCAAGUAAAUUUAAAAUACCACGAAAACAGACAAGAACAAGGAAAAAAAAUACUAAAAAUGUAACUGAAAAGGUUGUGUCAAAAAAGGUUGCAAGGAAAAAGUUGACACACACGGUCAAACCACCACGGAGACUGAAUAGUACAAAGAAAAAAGUGACUAAAAAAGUGAGAAAAGAACAAAAUUUAGUGACCAAAUCGAUGCCAAAACAAAAGAAAGGACGAAAAUUUAGAACAGCAGGGACAACAAAAAAACCAAAAAAAGUAAAAUCUACUACAGCAGGUACAGUGAAGAAACUUAAAAAAGUAAAAUCUAUAGCAGGUGGAGCAACAAAGAAUCCCACAAAAGGCAAAUCUUCAAUAUCAAGAACAAGAAAGAAAAAUACGAAAGGGGAAUGGGAUGAAACUGAUCAGUAG